AUGCACUGUUCUCAUUUUAAUAAUCUAUUACGUAAAUCUGCUACUCGGCUUGACACAUUAUAUUUGGUUGAAGACGAUCCAGAAGCGAUGCUCGGUCCACCGAAAAACACUCUCUCAACUCAAUUUCUGAUUAUGAAAUCAUCGUCAGAUAAUUUCAGAGAAAGACAAGCGAUCCGAUUAACUUGGGGCGACAGGAAUCGCUUGAAAACGAAAGGAGACUUUCGAUUGGCUUUUGUUCUAGGAACGGAUGUACACAAUAGAAGUAUUGAAGAUGAAGCGAAUCAAUACGGUGAUAUUAUCCAAAUUGACAAAAAUGAUUACUACUAUUACAGUUCAUACAAAAUGAUCAUGAUGCUGCGAUGGAUGACUAGUUAUUGUACAUCUCAAUCGCAUCGAACUUCGUACUUGGAUCUUCGAAAUUACGUUCUAUUCGUCGACGAUGACUAUUAUGUCGAUACUGAUGCUUUAUUAUCAUAUAUAAGUCGUCUUGAUAGAGAUCCUGAUAUUACCACAUACGAAAGACGAACGUUUAUCACUGGUGAAGUCAUUGAACAAUCUCGACCUCAUCGAUCAGCUAGUGAUCGAUAUUUCGUUUCGCUCAAUGAUUAUCCGUACGAUCGUUAUCCAGCAUAUGUAUCAAGUGGAUGUUUUCUAAUGACACGAUACAAUGCCCGGUUAUUUUAUAUUGCAUCGAAAUAUGUUCAUUUAUUUAGUUUUGAUCAUAUUUAUAUGGCGCUCAUUGCGUAUUCGAUGUCGAUCAAUCCAAUUCCGAAUAAUGACCUUUUUCUAACAUCAACUUCGUUGUCGAUGAGCGAAAAAAUACUAUCGGCGAGAUGGAGAGAUAUAUUCAAGAGAAAAGACGAUUUACAUACGGGGAAACCUCCGAUUUGUAUGCAUGGAUAUAGUGCUGAGAAAUUGAUCGAUAUUUGGGAGUUCAUUCACCGAAUGAAUAUCACUGCUUAA